AUGGCUGAAAGAGGUUUAACGAGUGACAUUAAAACAGAUGAGAAUGUUGAGUUUUCGGAUUUGGCUAUUUCGGAACUUACGCAACAGUCACUGCAGAAGGCAGGUUUCGUCAAACCAUCGCCCAUUCAACUACAAACUCUGCCAUUAGCUUUACUCGGCAUUGAUCUUCUCAUUCAAGCAAAAUCGGGUACCGGCAAGACGUUGGUGUUCAGUAUAACUGCGUUAGAAUUCGUUCAAACUAUCGACGAAGAUCCGUCAAUGAUCACGACGAAAGUGAUCAUGUUGGCGCCAACGCGCGAAAUCGCACAGCAGAUUGUUCAAGUAAUCAAAACGAUCAAACAACCGGAAUGUUUUGUACAUACAUUUAUUGGUGGAACGGCUUUGAAAGACGAUCAAAAUCAUCUGAAAAAGUGUCAUAUUGCUGUCGGCACACCAGGCAGAAUUGAAGAGCUGCUCCGGUUGAAAUAUCUUCGAGCAGAUACGAUUCGAUUGCUUGUUUUAGAUGAAGCCGAUGUUUUAUUAUGCAAAGAAUUUCAAGACCAGAUUAAUUCAAUAUUCUCUUACAUGCCAUCGAAUAAGCAAGUUCUACUAGCAUCAGCAACUUAUCCCGAGCACAUUGUGCGUUUCUCUGAACGAUAUAUGCGUGACAUGACUUGUAUACGUCUAGUCGAUUCCGAAUCGCCCAGUUUAGUUGGAAUUCAACAAUUCUUUAUCGUCAUUCCAUAUCAUCCACUCGAAUCGCAUCUGUUCGAGCAGAAAGUUUUACUAUUGUUGCGUUUAUUACCUCAAUUAAAGUUUCGUCAAUGCGUUAUUUUCUCCAAUCUUCGCAUGCGUUCAUCGGCUGUUUGUGAACGCAUAAAAGCUUUAGGUUACGAAACCACAUUUACAUCGAGUUCAUUGGCACAAAACCGUCGAACGAAAGCGAUGCGCGAUAUGUACAAACAUAAAUGUCAAAUAUUGGUCACGACGGACUUAACAUCGCGUGGCAUUGACUUAGAUUAUGUUGAUUUUGUCAUCUCAAUGGAUUUGCCUAAUGAUCAUGAAACGUAUUUACAUCGAAUCGGUCGUGCUGGUCGUUUCGGAGCUUUCGGUUGUGCCCUAACGAUCGUCUCACAUGGCGACGAACGAAAACAAUUGGAAUCAAUUGAAAACGAGUAUAAAUUAAAUCUAACUGAAAUCGACGAAGGCAAUCGAUUUCAGUUGUUAAGCGAUUCACUUGAACGAAUGAAAGUGUUUCUCUUGCGUUCUUUGAAUAGAGCAGCAUGGUGUUAUGCUUAUAUCGGACUACUUUACGCACUUUAUUUUGUUUAUUUCAUCGUCGUGCCAGCUUAUCGUCAACGUCAACAACUAUCUGACGGUUACUUGAACUUAAUUCGAACAACACUCGCUCCACUUUCAUAUUCACAUGAAGCGAAAUUGACCGAUCAGUACUGUCAAAUUUGCUCGAAUUACCGUCCAGAACGAUCGCAUCACUGUCGUUUGUGUAAACACUGUAUACCAAUACAAGAUCAUCAUUGUGUUUUUGUCGGUGCUUGUAUUGCAACCAACGGUCAUAAACCCUUAGCCAAACAAGAUUCAAAAUCAACAGCGAUUGUCGAAGUGAACAGUCUCAGCGAGGAUAACCAACACGUCAAUCCGGCUGAUCAUGAUGGUGUGACAUCAGACUAUUCGAUUAAUGUCGAGAGCAAAAAUACGACGUAUUCAAAUGAGUAUAUCGAAAGCAAGUAUACCUACGAAAUGAAUGAUUGCCAAGUCGAUCAGAACACGAAACGUGUGAAGAUUAUUCCACGGAAGUAUCACUACACAUUCCGUACUAAACGACAAGUCCAACGUACAGGAGUUAUGCUUGUUGGUUGGGGCGGAAAUAAUGGCUCGACAUUCACAGGUGCAAUUAUUGCCAAUCGAGGAAAUAUAGCAUGGAUGCGUAAAGAAGGUGAGCAACGUCCAAAUUAUUAUGGUUCAUUAACUCAAUCGACAACUAUUCGAAUCGGUAGUAACGAUGAAGGUAAAGAAGUUCAUAUCCCGUUCAAUACAAUUUUGCCGAUGUUACAUCCGAACGAUCUGGUCAUCGGUGGAUGGGAUAUCAAUGAAUCCAACUUGUAUGAAGCAAUGAGACGAGCAUGCGUUUUCGAUUAUGAAUUACAAGAAAAGUUGAAGUCUGCUAUGAGUCAAUUGAACCCAUUGCCGUCAAUUUAUUACCCGGAUUUUAUUGCUGCUAAUCAAGAAGAUCGAGCGAAUAAUUUAAUUCCGAAAGGAAGCAAACAGCAGGAUCUGGAACAUAUUCGAAAUGAUAUUCGAGAAUUCAAGAAAGCUCAUAAUCUAGAGCAAAUCAUCGUUUUAUGGACAGCAAAUACUGAACGAUAUGUGGAUGUUCGCGCCGGCUUGAAUCAAACAAGUGAAGAAAUUCUUCAGUCAAUCGCUGCUAAUCAAGAUGAAAUAAGUCCAUCGAAUAUCUUCGCUUGUGCUGCGAUUUUAGAAGGUUGUCCGUAUAUAAAUGGUAGUCCACAGAAUACUUUAGUACCAGGUAUCAUGGACUUGGCUAAGAAACAUAAUGUGUUCAUUGGGGGCGAUGAUUUCAAAAGCGGACAGACGAAAAUGAAAUCUGUUCUUGCUGAUUUUCUCGUCUCGGCUGGCUUGAAACUUCAAUCCAUCGUUUCCUAUAAUCAUUUAGGAAAUAAUGAUGGUAAAAACCUAAGUGCACCGCAACAAUUUCGUUCAAAAGAAAUCAGUAAGUCCAAUGUGGUGGAUGAUAUGGUUGGCGCAAAUCAUUUACUCUACAACAAGAAAACCAACGAGCAUCCAGACCAUGUUGUUGUCAUCAAAUAUGUUCCGUUUGUCAAAGACUCGAAACGUGCAAUGGAUGAAUAUAUCUCGUCGAUAUUCAUGAAUGGUCUUAGUACAAUCGCAAUUCAUAAUACGUGUGAAGAUUCGCUGUUAGCAUCACCAUUAAUCAUUGAUCUAGUCAUUUUAACUGAAUUAAUGACGCGUAUUACAUAUAAAACAAAUAACCAAGAUGAAUAUCAAUCAUUCGAAUCUGUUCUGUCGAUUUUAUCAUAUCUUUUAAAGGCACCUUUGGUUCCACCGGGUACACCGGUGAUCAAUGCACUGUUCAAACAACAUCGGUGCAUAACUAAUAUUCUUUCAGCAUGCGCUGGCAUUGCAAUGGACACCGAUAUGCUCUUGGAAUACAAGACAACCUUACCUCAACCGAAACAAAAUCAGAAUUGA